AUGGAACCCAGCUUCUCCCCCUUCUCUCUUCCUCUCCACGCUCCCACUCCCAGACCCGUAUACCCCGUGUCUGCCCCCUCUUCCCCCGGUAUCGCUCCGCCCCUGCGGAGUAUGUCCGUCCAGCCAAGCUCUCUGGUCUACUUUCCCUUUUCAACCGAGAGCUCCAUCCUCCUUCUCCCAGAAGCUUCGCAUCCCCGGCAAUACUGGCCUCAGAACAAAGCACACGAGCGUAAAGUGUGGCUCUUGGCGCGAGACAUGGGCUACGACCACGACUUUCUGCCUUUCUUGCCCGACGAACCACGAUACGCUCCAGCCAACGCGCCGCGCCGUCCUAUCUCUCGAGCCGAGCAAAGAACCCCCCGUCCCCAUUCGGACGUAGCUCCCCCGAGGACUCUGUCGAGUUCGUACCCUACUCGACACACGCAUGUACCCCUAUCACCAAGGCAUGCCUAUACUGCGCCUCCUCGGGCAGCAUCGCCGUUGAGCGCAGGCGUGAGACCCGGUGCCGCGAGGCAGCACCCACAGGGGCCACGGUCUCCCCAACGAUCUCCACAGUUGAGACUAUCAAGUAUCCAGAGGCCUACGUCUCCGCGGUUCCAUCGCCCCGUCUCUCCUACCCUCCCAGACCUCUCUCCAGACACGCCCGAGAAGUACAGACACUCGAUCGUAUCUCUCCCUUCGCCGUCCCCCUCCCAGCCUGGCUCUCCGGCGACUGCAAAAGACAGCUUGAAGGGUAUCUUGGGCUGGAACGGGGAUGAGGACGAUGAAGGAGCCGAGAGGUAUGGGGAUGUCUGGAGAGGGGUGGUGGAGAGAAGGCGUUGGGAUCAGCAAGGUCGCCAGUACUACAAGAACCUCCCAAAACCCGCCACCGCUCCUCGACCCUGCCUUCUUCCAUACCCCGUCCCAAGACACCCCAACCACUCUCUAUCCCACCAACCAAAACAUCCUUCCUCCGAUCUUUAUUCUCUUCUCCCACCCAUGACACCCUCUUCUCCGCUCCCACCCAAACCCCCUUCGCCCAUCUUGAAAGCUCCGCCUACUUCUCCGGUCUUGGCGCCUUUGCCACAGAGAUUUGAUGUGGAGAGGGUGUAUGAGAGCUUGAGGAGUGCGAAAGGCGGGGGACAGGUUUGGUUUGAUGAAGUUGAGGGAGUCGGGUCGCCUACGGUGGAAGAGGAAGAGGAGGAAGAGGUGGAAAAGGUUGGAGAACUGAAAGCUCAAGAAACAAAGAAAAGAAAAAACUUUCCUUGGUAG